AAUCAUGAUCUUUGCUUUUGCUUUUUGCAUAAAAACUGAGUUAAAUUUUUUAGAAAACAAGUGAUUUUGCGACAGUUUGCAUCGCCCUCUUUUGGUAAUUUUGGGCUUAACUGUUAUCUGGAAGUCGUAAAUUUAUGUUACCGAUUCACGUAGUCUUGUGACUGCAUUUCUUAUUGAUAGAGGACAAGUGUAAGGAGGUAUUUAAAAUAUAAAAAUAAAGGGCGUUUUAAUAUUAUUGAAUUUCAAUUUAUUAUUGUAAAUUAUUUAAUAAUUAAAAGGAUUCGUAACUUCGGGUCGUAGUUUACUUAAAUAAAAAAAUGACUAAAGGACUACCUAAAAUUUCUGAUGUUGAAAAAGAGACAGAAUAUGGAUACGUCUUUGCGGUAUCCGGACCUGUCGUUACUGCGGAGAAAAUGUCAGGUGCAGCUAUGUACGAAUUGGUGAGAGUGGGGCAUUCUGAACUUGUUGGUGAAAUCAUCCGUUUGGAAGGAGAGAUGGCAACCAUUCAAGUUUAUGAAGAAACUUCUGGUGUAACUGUAGGUGAUCCAGUAUUAAGGACUGGUAAGCCAUUGUCAGUUGAAUUAGGACCUGGUAUUAUGGGUAGCAUUUUUGAUGGUAUUCAGCGACCCUUGAAGGACAUUAAUGAAAUUACCUCUAGUAUAUAUAUUCCUCGAGGUAUAAACAUUCCUGCUUUGAGUAGGGAAAUUCAGUGGGAAUUCAAUCCUAUUGGAUUUAAGACUGGAGGUCAUAUCACUGGUGGAGACAUUUAUGGAGUAGUCCGUGAAAAUACUCUUAUUAAGCACAAAAUUAUGUUGCCUCCUAAAGCCUUGGGCCGUAUCAAUUAUAUUGCUGAGCCUGGGAAUUACACUGUAGAUGAAGUGGUGCUGGAAACUGAAUUUGAUGGACAAAAAUCACAAUAUACAAUGUUACAAGUUUGGCCUGUACGACAACUUCGUCCUGUUACUGAAAAACUUGCUGCUAACCAUCCUCUUCUGACUGGUCAAAGGGUGUUGGAUUCCCUAUUUCCGUGUGUCCAAGGAGGAACUACUGCCAUUCCUGGUGCUUUUGGUUGUGGAAAAACUGUCAUAUCACAGUCAUUAUCAAAAUUCUCUAACAGUGAUGUUAUCAUUUAUGUUGGUUGUGGAGAAAGAGGGAAUGAAAUGUCUGAAGUACUAAGAGAUUUCCCAGAGUUGAAUGUUGAAAUUGAUGGACAUGUAGAAUCUAUUAUGAAGCGUACUGCCUUGGUUGCAAAUACUUCUAACAUGCCUGUAGCUGCCAGAGAAGCCUCUAUUUAUACUGGCAUUACAUUAUCAGAAUAUUUCCGUGAUAUGGGUUGCAAUGUGGCUAUGAUGGCUGAUUCUACAUCUAGGUGGGCUGAAGCUUUGAGAGAAAUUUCUGGUCGUUUAGCUGAGAUGCCUGCUGAUUCUGGUUAUCCUGCUUAUCUUGGUGCUCGUUUGGCAUCCUUUUAUGAAAGAGCUGGAAGAGUAAAAUGCUUAGGAAAUCCUGAAAGGGAAGGAAGUGUAACAAUUGUAGGAGCUGUAUCUCCACCUGGUGGUGAUUUCUCAGAUCCUGUCACAUCAGCCACUCUUGGUAUUGUACAGGUGUUUUGGGGUUUGGACAAAAAAUUAGCACAAAGGAAGCAUUUCCCUUCUAUAAAUUGGCUGAUCUCAUACAGUAAAUAUACAAGAGCUUUGGAUGAUUUUUAUGAUAAAAAUUUUGCUGAUUUUGUCCCUCUUCGUACUAAGACUCAACAGAUCUUGCAAGAAGAAGAAGAUUUAUCAGAAAUUGUACAGUUAGUAGGAAAGGCCUCAUUAGCUGAGACAGAUAAAAUCACGCUAGAGGUGGCAAGAUUGUUUAAAGAUGAUUUCUUGCAACAAAAUGGCUACAGUCCUUAUGACAAAUUCUGUCCAUUCUACAAAACUGUUGGGAUGAUGAGGAAUAUGAUUGCAUUCUAUGACUUGGCUCAGAAUGCUGUCCAAUCUACUGCACAAAGUGAGAAUCGAAUAACGUGGUCAGUUAUCAGGGAAGCCAUGGAUAACAUUCUAUAUCAACUGAGUUCCAUGAAGUUUCUGGAUCCCCUUAAAGAAGGUGAGAAAGAAAUCAAACGUAGAUAUGACGAGCUUCUUGAAAACAUGCAGCAAGCAUUCCGAAACUUGGAAGAUUGAAUUUAAACAUUUUUAUCAGUGUACAUUAGAUAGCAUCAAGUAUACUAGUCAAGACAAGUUUAAAAGAACAUUCCAAACUCUGUGGAUGUUGUGGCAGAUGUGGGAUAUUUUUGUUGUAAUUUAAACGGAACACUGCCUUGUUGUCUGUUUAUGUGUUUAGGUAAAGAUUCUAAUUGUAAAAAAAAAAUAUAUAUAUGGUGUUUGCUCUGUUUAGGAAAUUUGUCUUCAUUAUAUAUACUUCACAUAAGGAAUUGUGUCGAAAUAUUUUCUAUUGCAUAUUUUGUAAACUCAUUUUUUAGGUAUUUCGCUCAUACUUUUUAAUUCUUAAUAGUACUUAAUGUAAUUGUUCUAUCUUUAAAUUAUAGUUUUGUGUUUUCAAAAUAUUUAUUUUAUUAUUGUUAUUGUUUUCCUCUAAUUUCUGAUACUUGAACGUUACCAAAGUACUCAAUAUCAGAGUACAUUACCAGGGUGUUAAAUGAGAUCUGAUAUAAAGAUACCAACUACUAAAGAUUCUGCAAUUUUUAUAGAUUUUAGUAUCAGACUAUGCAGUUCUUUAUGAAAGCUGUAGAAGUGUCUGAUAUUUGAGUUUUUAAAUGACUCCCUUUCUUCUGGUAAUUUUUUUUCACUUUCCUUUUUUUCCAUGGAUUUCUUCUGUGAUACCCCCCCCCCUUUUAAUUUAUUAUUGAUCUCGAAAUGACUUAUAUAACUUAUAUUACUUUUUUUUUUAUGGAUAUGGAGAAAUUUAUUUGGUUCUUAAUAAAAUUCUAAGUGAUUCUAUAUUUUUAUUAUCUAUAAUUUUUCAUCCUUAUUUCUUUUGAAAAUUGGAUUUAAGCUUUAUCAUUUGGAAAAACACAAUUAGAAAAUAUAAUUUUUUUUUUUAUUUUUAGUUUUUACUACUGUAUAGUAUUUUAGAAAUUGUGUAAAAAUUGUCUAUUCGAAUAAUCUGAAAAUAUUGCUAUAGUUAGUAUCCCUGGUGAUGUAAUUUGAUUUUGCAGUUUUAGUUGAAAUCAUGACGGUUUAACCAUUUUUUCUCCCAAAAAAUUUAUUAAAGAGCAGAGAACAAUUGAUUUAUUGCUUUAAGUUUGUACAAGCUCAAUUUGUUUCGAAAAUUUCUCCCUUGAAGUGAACUACUUAUUUGCCCUGUGACAGCAAAUGAUCAGGUUUUCAUUGACAAGUAUUAACAAAACUAAUUAGUUUUGGCAUCGCAAUAUUCUACUAAUUUUGUGAAAUAAUUUAUGUAUUAUUUUUUUUAAUAGUUUUUCUAAUUUGCAAUCAUAGUUUAAAAUAAUGUGCAUAUUAUUUUUCUGCAUUACCAUCAGUUAAAAAUAUCUUGCAAUGUAAUUUGGCAUAUAUAUAUAUCUAUUUAUUCAUAAUUUUCUCAAAUAUUUUAUCCAUAUUUGUAAAAUAAACUAAGUACGUGUUUAGUUUUUUUAGUCAUGUAAGGUACAAACUACCAUUUCAGAUCAUUAUCAAACCAAAUUUACUCACUGAAUAAUUUCAUACAUAUACUUAUUAAUGAUUUUGUGGAAUAGUAAAUACAAAACUUUAAAAAAUUUGCUUUUUUUUCACUUUAUAGGUUUUAUCAUAUUUUCGUAUGUAUGCUCUACUUUUUUCGGUUAUUUUGUUAAAAUGUACCUUGCCAAAUAAUUUUCAUUUGCAGGAAAAAUUAACUACACAAAAUUAAUUUUGUGCAGUAUGAGUGGAAGUUAAUAUUUUUUUUUAUUUUGCCAUCUCUCCAUUGCAAAAUAAAUCACACUUUUUCUGUCAUGGGGCUUAGUGGAAAAUUUUAAGCCGACAAAAAUUAUUGUUUUCCUUUAAUUUUAUGCUAUUUAUGAAGGCCAGCCAUAUAUUCUAUAUUUAUUUAUUUUUUGAAGAUGAUUUUAUGGCAGCUUAAUUUUUUAAAUGAUGACAAUCUAAUUUUUGUUGGCCAAAUUAUAUAAUGUCUAGUAACUGGAGUUGUUGAUUAUAUUUAAAUAACUUUAUUUUAUUCUUAUGUUGAUGUUUAUGACUAUAUAAUUCCAAUAUUUUUACGUUUUUGUUGAAUUUCAAGUACACAUUAGAGAGUUAUGUAAGAAUUUUAUUGUGAACAAAAAUAUCGAAGUAUUUUAUUCCAUUAAUUUUACAUGAAGAGCCCAUUUCUUUUCUAUUACUUGAUUUGUAUCUUUAUAUUCGGAUGUGAACAUAUUUUUUUGAAUGAAGUUGUGUUUUUAAACUCAUAUUUUAUAUGUUUUUGCUCAUGUGUCACGUGUGUUUAAUUGUUGAUAUAACUAUGAAAAUUUUCAACUUGUUAAAUAGGCAUGGAGUAUAAUUUAUUGAAUGCAGUGUGUCUGUCUAUGUAAUUUGACAACUUCAUAAAAUAAAUAAUACGUUCUAAGGAA